CAUUUUAUAGUCUGUGGUCUUUCAAAACUCAUUCGAAAUGAGUCGUAAUGGUUGUUCUCGUAACUGAAUUCGUAUGAAGUUUAUUACCUUUCUCGUUCUAGGUUACUUUGAAAAGGCUGAAUUAAUCAGUAAAUGUGUUUGAUAAGUGUUUAACAACAUAAAACAAUGUCGUUUUCAUUUGGUACCCCGUCAAGUGCGCCUGCAACAACAGGUCUUGCAGGAGGAUUUAACUUUGGCGCUAACAAACCAGCCACGCCUGGGUUUGGAUUGACUGCAACAUCACAGCCUGCGACUGGACUGUUUGGAAGUACACAGUCAACGGAGACGCCAGCGUUUGGUUCCACUGGGUUUGGGGCUACGUCCGCAGCGCCCGCCUUUGGCGCGACUACAACUCCUGCCUUCGGGACUGGGACGCCAGCAUUUGGUUCGACUUCUGCGGCUCCUGCUUUUGGCACUGCUGCACCAGCUUUUGGAGCCACAGCACCAACAAAUUUUGGAGCUACUGCAACACCAGCUUUUGGAGCAAGUGCGGCUCCUACAUUUGGUGCUACAACUGCACCAGCCUUUGGUACCACUGGACUUGGUACCGGAGGUCUAAACUUUGGAGCUGGGGCUGGUACUGCAACUUCUAACACAGGGUUAAGUUUCGGUGCCCCGGCCAGUUCAGCAAACACAACAGGGCUUGGUGGUUUAGGCAGCUUUGGGUUUAAUACUACUGCCACUACUCAAAGCACUGGCUUUGGAGCAUUUGGUAGUACCACAAGCACUACCACAACUACUAAUACCCUUUUUGGACCAAAUUUGAGUACAUCUUCUAGCAAACAAAUACCAAGUUCAGGAACUCCUAGCUAUGGAUUGAGCCAGGUCGCCAACACAAGCGGUAUUGGAGUGAAUAAUAAAAGUGAACCACCAAAGCAAAAUAAGCUGCCAAAUGAAAUAUCAACUAUGGUAGACACUUUCAAAGAGUUUGUUAAGAAACAAAAAUCACUGAGUUCUGAAGUAAUGAGGGUGUCGGUCAAACCAUUGCAUAAGGUGUCCCGCGAGGCGGAGUCGAUCCUGCGCGAGGUGUUGUCGCUGAGCGGCGAGGUGUCCCGCGGGCGCGCGCACUCGCGGCGGCUGCGGGCCGCGGCCGCCGCCGCGCUGGCCGCCGCGGAGGCCGCCGUCUGGGACUACACCACGCCCGGCUCUGAAUUGGAAGGGACAGCUCCACCUGCUUACGUAAAGGAGUUGAUUGCUGAGUUGGAACAGCAACUUAUCACUUUCCGUAGACAAAUGGAUGUCGCUGACAAACAAAUGCAGUCGUCGCCUAAAUUACUUACUGAACAAGAGCUGACGCUGGGCAUCCGGCGCAUGCACGAGUCGCUGGUGGCGCUGGCGGGGCGCCUGCAGGCCGUGCACGCCGCCGUGGCGCGCCAGAAGGACCAGUACCUCAACCUGCGCAAGUACGUGCUCAAGGACCCCACCAACGUCUUCGACACGCCCGACCCAAGCAAUAGUCUCGACCAAAUACUACGUGACGCUGAGACGAACAAAAAAAAAAUGAAGCCAAACGCUUUCGCGGACAUUAGCCUCGGCAGCGCUGUCAUCUCUGAUCCGAGAGCAGCUUUAGGUAACCUACAACAGUUGGCAGGCCCAACGCCUUUCACGUACAUCGGCAGCACAUUGUCGCCAUUCCCUACGGCUGAUACAAGUGGUCCAAAUUGGCAACCGCAGUCGCAGCCGACCUUGAACACGUCCUUUAACACGAGCGGCUUUGGAAUGACUGCGGUCGACAACUCGUCCGGCUUUCAGCUGCAGAAGCCGCCCGGGAAGCGCGGGAAACAAUGAUAUUGGCGCUAAACACGCCAGUGUUGACGUGUCCCACACGACUGACAGUGAUCUUACAAUAGUGAUGUGUGAUUACAUGGAUUUAAUUAGUGUUCUGUAUCAACACAAAAUUAUCAAAUUAAUAGAUUUAAAAAUCUUAAAACCUACGUUUUUAAUUGUCACUCCAUUCAAAUUACCGAAAUCGGUCCUGCCGUUUUUAUAGUUGUAAAUUGCGGUGUCAUCAGGUUUGAAGUUACCCAGAAAAUUUCAGCCUGCUAGCUUAUUGGGUAGUGCUUCAAAAUUCGUGAAUCACGUGAGUUGGUGCGAAAAAA